GUUUUGAUUGUAUUGUCAAACGUUUGACACAAUUUGCGGUCAAAUCUAAACCACAAUUAAUACACCAAUCAGUGGUUAAUGCCAUUAAACCCCUGUAUUCAACAAAUAUGUUAUCAAAACACGUGUUAAACUGUAGUUUCAGUCAAUGGUAUCCAUUAUUUGCCAACAUUUCUAUCGACAGCAAAAUCGUGAGACUGUCCGACGAUUUCAUUCAAUACCUCUUAAGCGAUGGCAUAAUUUUGCCAAAAAGCGGACCCACUGCUGGUGACAAUACUGGUAGCGAUUGGAGUAGUGAUGAGGAGAAUGGCCCCCAAAACGGCAGUAACAGCCUCUCAGGUGAUGACGAUAGCGAUAGCGAUGAUAAUGUGCCGGACAUUGAGUUCAACGAACUGGAUGUCCGUUUGCGGGAAGCGCUCCAAGAGUUUGGAUCCGUUUUCCCGAAACUCAAUUGGAGUUCCUGUGAGGACAGCCGUUGGAUCAGCGCUUCCGGCACUCGAUGCACGACCACUGAAGACAUAUAUCUGUUGCUUAAGAGUUCCGAUAGAGUUGUCCACGAC